CAUGCGUUUAGUUGUCUCGGCUAGCUUUGCGUCUGGUCUGUAGCAGCAUGGAUGACUUAGAGAAAUGGCCAGAAAUAGAGAAAGCAGCGACAGGGAAGAGACGUGAACUGGUCUUACAGGGUCCAGCUGUCGACAAGAGGGUCUCCUCUAAUGGCGGGCUCGCCUCUGCUAUCUACUCCCUCACACUGCUCAAUUAUCUGGAGGUUAGUCAGUGUCCGAGUCUGACAGAGCUACACGAGGACAUCCAACACCUGACGAACCUCCAAAGCCUCAUCCUGUGCAGGAACAAGCUAGCCUCCAUCCCCAAUGUCGUCGCUAACCUAAAGUCCCUGAAGGUCCUGGACCUUUCGGUCAACAACAUGAAGGUUUUACCAGAGGGAAUCACCCAGUUAAAGGAGCUGAACACGCUCAAUGUGAGCUGCAACAGCCUGGAGGUCCUGCCAGAGGGACUGAGCCAGUGCACCAAGCUCUCCACCAUCAACAUCUCUAAGAAUAACAUCACCGGCUUCCCCGCUGAUUUCUACUCCGAGCGGCUGGACCUCCUCAGCACGCUGGUCGCCUCUGACAACUCCAUCGACCGGCUGAGUGGAGACAUCCUCAAGCUGCCUGCUCUGAAGGUGCUGGAUCUCUCCAACAACAAGCUAAGCGAGAUCCCGUCCGAUCUGAGCGACUGCCCCAAGCUCAAGGAGAUCAACUUCAAAGGCAACAAGCUGAAUGACAAACGUCUGGAGAAGAUGGUCAACGGCUGCCAGACCAAGUCCAUCCUCGACUACCUCAGAGGCAAAGGAAAAGGGAGACAGGGAGAGGAUGGAGGUGAUGUGGACGGGGGUCGCAGUGCAGACAGGGGGAAGAGGCAGCAGCAGAGGAAGAAGAAGGAGAAGGUGGCGGACGAACAGGACGAGGUGGAUGAACUGAACAAGAUGGUGGUGAGGGUUCUUCAUGUUUCGGAUGCUCCUACAGCACUCACAGUCAAAGUGAGCGCCGAGGUGAAAGAUGUUCGACCGUAUUUGGUGUGCUGCGUGGUCAGAGGCAUGAACCUGAAGUCUGGGAAUGCUCUUAAACGGUUCCUGGUGGCUCAGACCAAGCUUCACGAUGACUUGUGUGGUAAAAGGACCAUCGCAACCAUUGCAACUCAUGACGUGCAGCUUCUCAAAACUCCUUUGAUUUAUGAUGUCAAGCCACCUACUCAGCUGAAGAUUGUGCCGCUGGCUCGGAAGGAGAUGACAGCCGUCGAGCUGAUAAGACAUCUUCAGCUGGAGGCUGACGAGCUUAGGAAGCAGAAGAAGAGGCAGAACGUCACCGGCCUCCACAAAUAUCUGCAGAUUUUGCAAGGAAAAACACUCUAUCCCUGCCUGGUGGAUGCAGAGGGACAUGUCAUUUCAUUCCCACCUAUUACCAACAGUGAGAAAACCAAGAUCAAGAAGACCACCAAAGAGUUGUUCUUGGAGGUGACAAGUGCAACCAGCCUGCAGACCUGUAAAGAUGUUAUGGACGCUCUGAUUGUAAAAAUGGCAGAGUUGAACAAGUUCACGGCAGAGCAUCAGGAGGAGGUGGGAUCAGACGGGGAAGGGGACACCCCACAAGAGACGGCUUCCAGCUGUGAGACUUCCAGCGAGUUGAUCAUCCAGCAGGUCAGAACGGUCGACCAAGACGGGAACCUGAAAGUCGUCUACCCGUCAAAGACCGACCUCUCUAAAGAUGUCAGCAACGUGACCCUCAUUUGGUAGUCAGGCUGCCAGUAACCUCUGAUGUUUACACUCACAUUCACACUCACACUCACUCACAUGCUACAUGAAUUAGUUUUAUUAUUUAUUAUUAACAUUGUGGGACAUUAAGGGUAAGUUUUGACAACAGGUAACAAAAAUGACCUGAUCCUUUUGAUUCAGGGAGUGCAGAAAGUCUAAAAUAAUUUUUUGUGAUUUAAAACAUCCAGCAGCAGUUAGAUUUUUAUAAUAUGUUUUGGCUGUUGCCAAAUGUUGACAUUUCUGAUUAAUGUACAGCUUUUUGAACCACAUGUUGUAAUACUUUAAUAAAUCUUCCUGCUUCCUAAAAGCUUGAUCAACAUGACAAAA